AUGAUCAGAACAGUGGCCAAGAGAGCGCUCGAUAAAAAGGAGCCCAAAUUGGUGGAAAACACCAAACAGGCGCUUUUCGUGACCGGGAAAACCUCUACACAGGUGCUUCACGACGCCAUGGUGGACUUGGGCGCUUUGAAGAAACCUGAUCUCAAAAGAUUCAACAAGAAAAACGACGUGCGUCCAUUUGAAGAUGCAGAGCCACUAGAGUUUUUCAGCGAGAAAAACGACUGUUCGCUACUCGUACUCAGCUCAAGCUCAAAGAAGCGUAAAAAUAAUCUCACCUUUAUUCGCACCUUUGGAUACAAAAUCUAUGACAUGAUUGAGCUGCAAAUCGCAGAGAACUACAAAUUUUUGUCUGACUUCAAGAAGCAAACUUUUGCAGUCGGGCUAAAGCCAAUGUUUUCCUUUCAAGGAGCUGCUUUCGAUACUCACCCUGUCUAUAAACAAGUUAAGUCAUUGUUUUUGGACUUUUUCAGAGGCACGGUAAGCAACUUGCACGACGUUGCUGGUUUACAGCACGUCAUCUCUGUUACUGUACAGGGCGAUUUCGAAGAUGGUGAGCCGCUUCCAAACGUUUUGUUCAGAGUUUACAAGCUCAAGACGUACAAGAGCGAGCAAGGCGGACCUAAGCUACCCCGUGUCGAACUGGAAGAGGUUGGGCCACGUUUUGAUUUCAAGAUUGGCCGCAUCCGCUCCCCAUCGCCAGAGUUAGAGAAGGAGGCACACAAGAAAGCAAAACAACUAGAACCUAAGACCGUCAAGAAUAUAUCGGCCGAUGGCAUGGGUGACAAGUUUGGUACCAUCCACAUGGGUAAACAGGAUCUAGGCAAGCUACAAACACGUAAGAUGAAAGGUUUGAAAGCAAAGUUCGACCAGUCUCAACUAGAUUCUGAGACCGAAGACUACGUCAACGAAGAUGAAGAAGAUUUACAGGGUGGCGCUGAGGAAAGUUACGGCGAAGACUUUGUUACCGCAAACGAUAUCGACGUUGAGCCCCCCACCAAGAAAGCGAGAAAAUAG